CACAACACGAACCAUGGCUUCUACUCAUAAGACCAAGGCAUUGGAAAAGUGGCUUACUGCCAAUUCCUUGUGGAACACCGAGCUCAUGGAGCUCAGACCGUCUCCAAUCGGUGGUAUUGGUGUGUUUGCCAAGCAAGAUCUCGAUCCAGAGCUUGAAGAGCAGGUUUUGCUCUUACGGAUUCCAAAAAGGAACAUCCUCAGCGCCAGAAACUCGUGCAUUGCAAAUUUGUUCUACGAAAAUUCCAUUGGCGGUAUCCACGGCUUGAUCCUUGCCUUUAUAUACGAAAAAGCCUUGGGCGAGAAGUCUCCGUGGUUCGACUACAUCGACUCCAUCAUGUACCGCAACGAUGAUGGCUCCUUGUUGCAGCCGGUGGGCUGCUGGUCUAAAACUGACAAGGCUUUGUUGGCUAAUACCCAAAUUGACAUGUUGAACAUCUUGGACAGCUCCGAGUUGGAGCAGGUCUUUACGGAAUCUGUCACCUUUGCCAAGGCAGUCGCUGAUACCAUUGCCAUUCCACGUGAGUUGAAUGUCAACACCACAUCCAGCACCGAAGAGGAAAACAGGGCCAGAUUCAAUGAAUUUGCUGCCGUCGUGCAGGCCAUCACCUCCCGUGCCUUUGAAAUCGACAGUUAUCACGAGAUUGCCUUGGUUCCAGGUGCUUGCUUGUUUAACCACGCCUCUCCGUCAUCUGACAAUGGCGAUGGUGCUGAGCACGUCCACUUUGUCUGUGAUGCUGGUUGCUGCACCAAGUGCGGCGAACAGGAGUGUGAUCACGACGAAAGUGAUGAAGACUUUGACGUAGAAAUGGAAGAUGAUGGGUUUGAGGAUAUUUCCAAAGAGGUUUCGGGGCAAGAAGAUGACGGGGUUGAAGAUGUCUCCGGUGAAGAGGAUUCCGAAGAUGGCUGGGAGUCUGAUGAGGAGCUUGGGUCUGAUGAAGAGCUUGGGUCUGGUGAGGAGCUUGAAUCUGACGAGGAGUUGGAGCCAAUGACUGAGAUUACCUUGGAGCACAUCACUAAGUUGGAAGAAAAGCUCAAGCAGGACAUAGAGGAUGAAAAGGAAGAGACCGGAAGUGAUCGUGAAGAGGAGGACUCGCUUGACUACGAGAUUUCUCCGGAACUCGAAGAAAUCUUCAGCAUGGAUGCGUCUGAGUGUUGCGAUAUUGUCCUCGAGUUCCCAGCCUUGGCUGGGGAUGAGUUGUACAACACCUAUGGUUCAUUACCAAACUCAUUGUUAGUACAGAGAUACGGCUUCAUUAUCGAUAACAAUCCUGCUGACUAUGUCAGCUUGUCCGUGCAAGUCUUGAAGUACAUAAAAAAGCAGAGUGCUGUGAGAAAAAGAGUCAAGUUCUGGGAAACCAUUGGCUACGAUCUCCUCAACGAGAUGAUUAGACAGGAGAAGAAGAAACAUGACCAUGAACAUGAUGGUACUUGUGAUGACGGCUGUGGCGAGGAGGAGGAGCCAUAUGAGGAAGAAUGGGAACUUGAACCUCGUAUUUUGGCUAACGGUGAACCGUCUGAUACUACCUAUGCCUUGGCUCACUUGAUGGUGAUGCCAGAGGCAAAGUUUGCCAAGCUCGCGAAGACCAAGCCUGCCAACAUGCCGCUUGCGUUGGCAAAGUUAUUGAGUAAGGAAGUCAAAGCCUACCAGUUGGUAUUGGACUGGGUCAAGGAAAAGUACGCUAAAUACCCAGAUAAUGGUAUUACCGGUGCCCAGUACACCGCGUUGUACGAGCAGGCUAAGGAAUCCAGAAAGAGGGUCAUCACCGGUAUCCUCAAGAGUGAAAAAUUGGCUCUUGAGGCUGCUGAACAGUACUUGACAUCGAAGCUAUAGGCUCAGGACCUGGUUUAUAUAUACGGGAAAUACCGGAUGACAGGCCAAUCCAGCCACAAAAUGUUAUAGUUUUGCUGCCAAAUGUUUCGAAUUGUACUUUUUCCAUCAAACAGUUACCAUAUGGAAGCUUUACCUGCAACAUAUAUAUAGAUGUGUUUACAGCCUGGAAGGAUAGCAGCCACACUAUAACGCCAGCAACGUACCAGUAUGACUACGUAAUCAAUCAAAGUUUAUAAAAAUACACCUCCAUCACUAUUGGA